AUGCCGCCGUCCAAUCAGUACUCUUCCAGCCUUGAGCAAACUGCCUCCUGUUGCUUCCCCCAGGUCUCAGCAUCAUUUGGUGGUCCUAGCUGCGUUGCCGUGGCGAUGUUCGGCCACAAGAAGAAAAGGCGCAGGCCGCAGAUCUCGGCGCCGCAGGACUUUCAACAUCGCGUCCACACGUCGUUUGAUAUGGUGACGGGACGCUACGUGGGUCUGCCGCCGCAGUGGCAGAGCGUCAUUGACACUCUGAGGAGGCCACGCCCCUUGGUGGACCCUUCGAGGGUAACAGAGGUUGAGCUUAAGAAGGUAAGGGGGAGGGCUAAUAUUUUUUUAUAUUCUCUUUAACAAAAAAACAUCAAAAUAAUAUGAUGACAUCAAAAAGCCUGAUUGGUUGAUGGUCUAAGUGAUCAGUUGAUCACACAGGUUGAGUCUGUGAGGAUGUUUUAGAGUGAUGGUAGAUCAUGAGGCUGGGGUAAAGUGUCUUGCCAGAAGUACCCCUGACUCUCUGAUUGGACCUCGAGCUCUACCUCUGAGCCACAGCCCUUGCUAAUGUGCUGAAAUUCCCUAAACUUCUAAAAUGGUUUCCGUAUGUCACCAAAUUACUCUUUCAUAUUUUCGCUCUCUAGAAACCAGUACACAAUUAAACUAGGCUUUAGUCAGCCCUCUAUUUAAAGCAGAUGACCCAUCCUUGUUUUCUAAUUAUAGACAAACAUCUGUUCUUCUUUGUUUCUCAAAAGUCUUAGUAAAACAUGUCUAUAAUCUUUUGCUGGAGUAUUUAAAGAAGAAGUAAACCUUCAGUAACAACGGACCCUUUCCUCUUAGUUUGAACUCUGCUGAUGUGGAGCUGACCUCUGACCUCUGUCACAUUGACCUCUGUGUUUACAGAGGCCGCUGAGGUUUACUGUUUGUCUGAAGUUCAGCUGAAGUUUCCACACAGGACUCAGACAAGGAGGACAUGUUUUAAAAGUCGAAGCAGAUCUAAAAAGUCAUUAGUGAGCAUCAGUGAACCAGGUUUAAAUAAAAUCUGAUUAAUAAGAUGCACUUAUGAUACCUUCCUUUAAAAAGUGAGCUUAAUAUGAGAGGUAUUUUAUUACUGGUAAACAGGGUUCUCCAUGCACAGGGGGAUAACAUACACAGGUGAUGGGAUACAACAAUCAAAACAUAAAUGGCUGCACACUUAUACCUACAAAUAAAAACAUGCAAAAGCCUUGAUUGUACUUUAGGAACCCGACAAAGUUAUAGAAAUAUAUUAUAGUUAUGAUGAUUCACCCAGAGGAUGAAUAGUGAAGUGGUAAACAACCACUUGACAACUGAACCAUGUUGAAAAGUGCUUCUUAGUAACAUUUUCCACCCCCAUAUUCAGUCAGAGAAAACAGACUUAUACUAUUUAGUAAAUAAUUUUGUAUAUUAUAGUAUAGUGAAUGGAAAUCAGCAUCUGGAGAAGGUAUAAGUCUUAGCAAAUAGGUCACAUGUGGUGGGUUUGUCCUUCAUCACACAGGUAGUUGGAGGGAUGGCCACAGUUUCUAUAAUGAUCUCCACAGUCACACAGAAACUGAACAUCAGGGACUGUAUUACCAUAAAAACAUGAUUUAAACCCUUUUUAAUCCCCUAAAAAAUGACCAUGUCUUACUUCCAAGAGUAACUUUGUCUAUUAUAUUAUAUAAUUUGUUGUCUAUGUCUUUCUAGUAUUCAUUAUUAAUACAGUUUCAACCACAACACAUUUAUUCCAUGAGUCAAAAUCCUGUAGCUCAUUUUUUAAUGCAUCACAGUUUAAACUUUACAAACUGACUUCCCCUUCAUAUCAGAAAUUUGAGACUACAGAUCAAAUUAACUCUUGUUUUUAUUCAUUAUCUCUCAAUCUCUGAUUUUCUAACGUUUCUCUCUGUAGAAAAUCGUACGGGGCAGCUUCAUUGGUCAUGAGGACUACAUUUCCCACGUCAUCUCUGAGAUGACACGUCUGUCCGUCUCCAGCUCCAACUCUCUGCGCCGCAGCAGCCCAUCGGCACGGAAACGGGCUCGCUCUCUGGGGCGCCUGGGAGAGCUGGCAGAGACUGAGCCGUAUCAGUAUGAAGAGCUCAAUCACCACAGUGAUGAUGUGAAGACAGGUAGGAGUGCCACCUACUGGCAGGACCGGAUAAGACAGGUACGCAGCGAGAGCGGUAGCCCCAAACUGAACGGAACUCUGCAGAGGGCCAAGUCCACCUGUGAGGUGGCAACUGAGGCCAUGCCCCCUACACCUGUGAAUCCUCAGAGGACAGGUGGGACAGUAAAAACAGGUGGACAGUAUGCUCGUAGUGAAGGGGCAGCACUAAAAAAGAGGCCGACUUCCUUCCAUAACAACAUCCAGACUGCAGAGGCGAGGAACAGAGCUUACCUGAGACAGAAAGCAGCUGCCAACUACCUGCCUGACCUGCUGAGCACCUCCAGAGAAACUGCCAGGAGACCUCACUCCACCUAUGACCUCAAGGUGAGAAUCAGAACUACAGGGAUAAGCAGAACCAGACCAAGAGCAAGAGCCAGAGCCAGGGUUACAUAUCAGUAAUCUGUCUUCAUGCCAAGCAGACAUCUAAUGAAGGAUAAAAGUCCCACUAUCAAAACUUUUAAACAUUAUUCAGGGAAAUAAUCUCAGUAUUUGUUUAUCUUGAUGGUGUAGUUAAAGCUAUAGUUGGUGAAGUAAGUUUCUGUUUCUUUGUCUCCAUCUGGUGGUCCCAAACUUUGCCCUUUCUUUGAGAUUCCUACAAAAUCCUGCUCCCUUAAGAAAAGGUGUAAUAUGAUGUUCUUGUCCCCCCUUCCCCAGAUGACCUCCCCCUCCUCCCCUUUCCUGCUGCCCCCACCAAACAGCACCAGCAGUCCUCUGGUCACCGGUCGUGGUUUACCUCGCCGCACACUACGCCCCUCCUCCAGCUUCAAUAUUGGAGCUAACCCAAGACUACAGACCCCCCCAGUCCAGGACUUCACCUCUCAACGCCGCCCCUCCCCCACAGGCUCCCCAGGUUGUCCCCCCUCCUCCAACCUCUGCCCUUCCUCCACCCAACAAACAGUGACUGAUGGAAGUGGAAAGGUAACUCAUGAGCAGUUUAAGGCGGCGCUGCAGAUGGUGGUGGACCCAGGUGACCCGAGGACGACUCUGGAGAACUUUGUGAAGAUCGGGGAGGGGUCGACAGGUGUGGUGUGCAUCGCCAGGGAGCGACACAGCGGGCGGCAGGUGGCAGUGAAGAUGAUGGACCUGAGGAAGCAGCAGCGCAGGGAGCUGCUCUUCAAUGAGGUACACACUACCAAGAGUACUUUUAUUCAGAAGUCUUUAAUCAUAAUUACCCAAAAUCUGAAAGUCUGGACAGAGUUUGAUAGUUUCAAAUUUAUUUAAAGCUUUUAGUUAAAAACAGUUCCGGCAACUCUGUUUCAAAAAAGUCUGGACUGUGACAACACAAAACUCAAAAGGCUUCCAGUGAUUCACAAAAUAUCACCAACAUUUUUACAUAACUUAACAGCUUUCAUAGGAUUAAGGUUGUACAUACCUGAACAUACCUUUCCCUGUGUGUCUCAGGUGGUUAUCAUGAGGGACUACCGGCAUCAGAAUGUGGUGGAGAUGUUCCGCAGCGCUCUGGUGGAGGAAGAGCUCUGGGUCAUCAUGGAGUACCUGCAGGGCGGCGCUCUUACACAUAUCGUCAGUGAGACCAGGUGAGUGGCAGUAACAGACCCCUGUAUGUAUUUUGUAUGUCUGUUUUUAGAUAUCAUAGUUUUAAACAGUGUGUGAAUGUCUGUGUGUGUUCAGGCUGAAUGAGGAGCAGACAGCGACAGUGUGUGAAGGCGUCCUGCAGGCGUUAUCUUACCUUCACGCUCAGGGAGUUAUCCACAGAGACAUCAAGAGUGACUCCAUCCUGCUGACACUGGACGGAAGGGUAAAACACAUACACAGUCAUUAUGAGUAUUCACCUAAUUUCAAAUACAGUCUGUUUUGACCAAGCAGUAAACAUCAGGACUUAAAAAUUAACAUUUAAAUCCCAAAAACCGCAGUUCCAUAAGUGUCCACUAGAGGCUGUCUUUGAAAGUGAGUCGGUCCCCAUAGAGUCCCAUGCAAAAAUCAGUCUCCAAUUUCUUGUUUGGUUCAGAGCAGUUUGGUGCAGUUCUCCAGGGUUGAUACGAUUAAUCCUGAUCUUAAUUUUGUUGCGUUUCCACAGCAGAUUGUAGCCAACGCUGGUGCGCCACGCAGAAAGCAUGUUGGCUGCAUGAUGUUUUGCAACAGAUUAGAAUACAAAUAACUGCAAGUGUUAUUGCUCGACCCAGAUGAUUUAUCACUGUAAGAAACAGUGGUACAGUGAUAUUUAAAUAUCAAGUUGAUGUUAUUAAGAGACAUGCCAAUCAUAAGAGUCUGUUUGUAUUGCUGAGCAAAGCUGAAACUAAGCUACGCCCUGAAAACAAACCAACAGAGUAAACAGUCCUGUCUUUUACUGAUUAACUCUAAAUAAGCUUACCCCAGUUGGUUUAGUUUGAUGGUUUAACACAGAGCAUCUCAGACACUUACAGUCUGGUUAAUGUGUAGUUUAAUGUUUGUCCAUCGAGAAAGUAAAGUUUUGUGUCUCUCUUUAAUGAGUGAGAACAAUUUUGAGGAAGUUAUGAGUUACUGUCGGUUAAAGUACCGCAUCAGUGAAGUUAUUCACUGCUGAAUCCAUUGUUAGAUUGCUGGUAUCAGGUUAUUUGUAACAUUUCAUUACAGAACCUGUCCCUUUUGGUGUGUUUAAACCCAUGUAUAACUUAGCCUUAGCAUGUAAGCAAGCAGGGCCAAUGCAUGCAGCUUGUAAUGCUAUGCUCUACUUUUGUCUUCUUCUUCCCUCCUGCAGAUCAAACUUUCAGACUUUGGGUUCUGUGCUCAGAUCAGUAAAGACGUCCCAAAGAGGAAGUCUCUGGUGGGGACUCCGUACUGGAUGGCUCCUGAAGUAAUUGCUAAAAGACCGUACGGGACCGAGGUAGGAAAAACAAUAAAUAAUCAUACUGUAAAGGCAGGAUAUGAAACAUGGUCACAGAAGGAGGUUCAGUUUAAAGACUCCUGAUUUCACUAAAACUUGGUUACAAAUCUAAAAAUCUGAUCUCAGCUUUGAUUUUGGCUAGGAAGUGUCCCAAAGGGUUGUUAGUGGUAGAAGGUUGUGUAUCACCACCAACAUUUUAGCAUCUAUUAAUCUAGCCCUAUAAAAAGAACAGUCUUGGACAGAUGCAAGCUGGACUGAUACGUUUACCUGCUUCCUGUGCCCCUCCAGGUGGACAUCUGGUCCCUGGGUAUCAUGGUGGUGGAGAUGGUGGAUGGAGAGCCACCCUACUUCAGUGACACACCAAUCAACGCCAUGAAGAAGCUGAGAGACGAGACAGCGCCGAGCGUAAAGAACAUCCACAGGGUCAGACCAAACACACUCAAGCACACCUGCUUCACUUACACACACUUCCUUGUCUUUUGUCAAAGUGAGGACACACAGCCAAAACAUGCAUUAUGGGGACCACCAUAAAGAGCUGUAAAAUAAUGCCAACUUUUUCACUCUGAGUAGCACCUGAGGUCCACCUGCUUGCCUGAGGCUCUCUGUAACAUUAGCCUCUGUCUCUAUGAGGAUUUGUUUGUAGUGCUUUUCUUAAGAACGGCCAUGAUGAGAAUUUACAGUGUAUGUGUUUGCUAACCUUCCAAAUUCUUCAUUGUCAACCACAGAGAAUGUCUGUGGGUCUUCAGCUGUAUAGUCAAAGAUACAUCUUGAGUUUUCACAAUGUUCUGGGGAUGUAAGGCUGUACACUCUUCUAUUAGGCUCCUUUAGACAAAGUUAUUUUCUCUGUCCAGGUGUCUCCAGUAUUGAAGGACUUCCUGAGCUGCAUGUUAACCCGAGACACACAGCAACGAUCCAGCGCCACAGACCUGCUGGAGCACCCGUUUCUGCUGCAGGCUGGCUCACCUCACUGCCUGGUUCCACUGGUAGAGCAGCACCGCAAACGCAUGUCCCUCUGCUGA